UGUAGUACACGUGUAGUGAACUUGUUAACUCUAGAGUCAUGUGUUCAGUCUGGUAAAACAAGUGCUUGUAACAAGAAAUGAUCAUAAGAAAUAAUGCAGCGUAGAUAGUGUUAAUUUAAAACAGUGUGUUAUAUUAAAAGAGAGGCAGCAAUACCUAUUAAGGUAAGACGAUGUCCUGGAAUAUGCUUGUGACUGACUUAAAAGCGUGUACAAUCUUCUUGACCACUGUACAGUUAUUUACUUAUGAAAUCAACGGAGAACCGUCGAUUUCCUUAUAUUGUGUGCCAUUUCCUCCGAAUUUCUACCUUAGUACUGCCACAUCAGCUUACCAGAUUGAGGGAGCCUGGGACGUUGAUGGCAAAGGUGAAAACAUAUGGGACCGCUUCACUCAUACACGGCCGCAAAAUAUAGACGAUGGAUCUAACGGUGACGUGGCGUGCGACUCUUAUCACAAAUAUAAGGAAGAUGUGAGGAUGAUCAAGGAGACUGGAUUUGACAUGUACAGAUUCUCAAUAUCAUGGAGUCGUGUAUUCCCCAUGGGCUACACGCACACAAUAAGCAGAUGUGGAGUGGAAUACUAUCACCGUCUGAUUGAUGAACUGUUGGCCAACAACAUUAUACCAAUGGUGACUCUGUUCCACUGGGACCUGCCCCAGGCACUAGAGGAUAUAGGAGGCUGGACGAAUCCUGCGCUUGCGGAUUAUUUUGCCGCUUAUGCCAACUUCAUUUUCAGGGAGUAUGGAGGGAAGGUACGAUGGUGGAUUACAAUAAACGAGAUGGACAUAAUAAUCAGAGGUUAUGGAGAGGGCUAUGACUUUGCACCGGGAUUACCGGUCAAUGGGGUUACAGAGUAUUUGGCUGCAUACAACUUGCUACGAGCCCACGGAAAAGCUUAUCGUAUUUACGAAUCAGUCUACAAACCAUUCCAAAAAGGUAGAGUGGGGAUGGCUGUUGCCGCACAGUACAGUGUGCCUCUUAACCCGAACUGUCCUGAGGAUUGUGCUGCCGCAGAUAGGCAAACUCAGUUCCAGAUUGGGUUGUUCACGCAUCCAGUGUUCUCUAAGGAGGGGAACUUCCCCUUGAUCGUACGGGAACUUGUUGAUCGUAACAGCUGGCUGGAAGGAAGGAACGUCUCAAAGUUACCUUACUUCACCCCGCAUGAGAUUCAGUAUAUAAGAGGUAGCUACGAUUUCUUUGGAUUGAAUCAUUACUUUACAUAUUUCGUUACUGCUGGUAUAGAAGACGGUGGACCCUCCAGAAGUAGAGACUCUUUUUCAAUCAUUCAAGAAAUGGAGUCUUCACCUUGGGGCUUUAGAGGUUUGCUGAACUGGAUAAAAACUGAGUACGACAACCCUCCUGUCUUCGUUACCGAGAAUGGUCUUAAUGACCUAAAUGUCUUCUAUGACACACCAAGAGUUAAUUUCUACCAUGAUUUUAUCAACUAUAUGCUGAAAGCUAUCUACAAAGAUGGCUGCAACGUCAUAGGAUACACUGCAUGGUCGCUCAUGGACAACUUUGAAUGGAACAGAGGUUACACGUUCAAAUUUGGAUUAUGGCACGUGAAUUUUAACGACACGCGAAGGCCCAGAACUAAGAAACUAUCUGCGCUCUACUUCCAGCAACUCACCGCAACGAGAUGUCUAACGGAUGUUCCAUUCGCCCUAUAAAGCAUCAAUCGAAAUAUAUAUGA